AUGAGACGAAACGAAAUUGUAUCGGCCAGCACGAGUAACCUGGCUCCGGAAAUUCGAGAUGGAUUUAAACGGGCUCAGAGGAGAUUCACUUUUAAUAUUGCCCAAAUUGAAAAGAAUUAUUCAAACAAACCUUCUUCUGGAAUUGUUUUUGGAUGCAACGACGACUCAGUAAGUUCAAUAUUCUUUAAAAGAAAUUGCUUUAAAAUUUUUAAUUUAAUGUUUCGUUUUAGGUCGAAUUUGAUGAGACCUUGUGCACUGGGGAUGAAGACGACGUCCUUAUAAACGCAGUUAGAAGAGAAAUUAAUCACGUUGAUCGGGAUUAUGGCGGGUCUUUAUUGUGCACACCAGCUGUUGAUCCAGAAGAGGCAGACGAAAAGAACUUGACAAGAUGGAAAAAAUUGAAUAAAGUAAGAUUAAAUUUUGUGAAUUUUACGAUUUUAGGUAUACGACGAUCUGUAUGAGUCGAUGAAAUCGAAGGAAAAUGCAGUGGAAAGAUUUAAACAGCCAGCAUUGCCUUCGAAUCGGAAAAGGAAGGCAAUUGAAGACUCAGCUCCCGAAAGAAAGCGAAGGUUGCUGGCUAUCUCGAAUAACGUCAGAGGAUCAAUUCUGGAGGGACCUCUUGAGAGUCCAGAGAACUAUGCUGUUGUCCUCGAUGAUCGGAGAGCCUCUCUUUUGCAACCCAAUCUUUAUCAACGACCAAGGCAGACGUCAAUCAGAAGUGGGGUCGUUCAAGAUCAGCGUAUGUUGUAUAAGAUUUUUUCUUAUUCGAAAGUUCACUUUUGUCUUUUUGAUAAUCAUUAAUGUUCAGUUUCCCUACGAAGCGGAGCUCUACCUUCAUUCAAUGAGGAUUUCAUCGAGAGAAGAGAGUCGGUAUUGGAACUUCCAGUUUGUUCCACACCAAAAGCGAUUACUGCAAGUUUUUCUUAUUUUUCCUCUUUUUCUUAGGAUCAAAUAUUGAUGGGAACUUUUUUAGUAUCACACUAACAGUCCCAUGACUCGUCUCCGAAAGAGAUGUAUGGAAGUUGAAAAGAAAUACGACCUGAAUAAAUCAAUUUACGCAGAAGUUGAAGGUGAUGAGUUCGUCCGGAAAUGGAUCAAAGAAGUAAAGAAGAAGAUGAAAGAAGGAGAUCUGGAUAAACGAAUAUUCAAUCGAUGGCAGCGUAUCGAGACAGCUGAAAGCAUCAAAGAUGUUCUCAAAACAUCAGAAAAAAAUCGACGGAAGACUAGGUGA